GGCGAUUACGGCAGUCGCAGCGACGGUGGCCGACGACUCUUCGGUGGAUCCUGAAGGAUUCUUCCUCGCCCAUCUUUCGCUGCAUACCACAACACAACUCCCCAUUCCCCUGUCUCUCAAUUGGGUAGUGUCUAGUUUCAUCACCCUGUUGAGCAGUUGGUCGCAUCGAAGCUAGAAUUUCACUGCGAGAGCUCCAAGCACUGGCCGGAAGGCAAUCACCUCGCAACUAUCUGUAGUUGUUCGGGGAGUCGCUUGGACUGGAACGCCGUCGUCACGAUGCCUGUGUUCAGAACUGCUUUCAAUGGCUACUCUGUGAGUCCUGCUUGUUACUGGGUGGCGGAAUUUUUGUGAGGGUCUCUUCAUCUGCAGUUGGUCUAUCUGUUUUCGGUUUAUCCAAUUACUGUUUAGUGGAAGAGCAAUGUGAGCCUGAGUGCGUAGACGUGACGCGAUUGGAAAUUGUAAGCUGGUUGCGAUGAAUUUUUUUGUCGAAUUUGAGGGUUUGGUGGCAAGAUUGUUGAAAAGAGAUCCAAGGAAAUUGUAGGUUAGGAUGAUUUAGAGUUUUAUUUGUAAUUCUCGGGCUAGGAAUGGAUUUGAGCUGGAGAAGAACUUGUUGUCGCUCACAGGUGAAAUUCAGUCCCUUCCUGGAGAAUCGCCUAGCUGUUCCCACUUCGCAAAACUUUGGCAUGGUGGGCAAUGGCCGCCAGUAUAUACUUGACCUGACGCCAAACGGCUUGGUGCAAGUAGCUGCAUUUGAUACUCCUGAUAGCCUCUAUGAUUGUUCGUGGUCUGAGGAGAACGAAAAUAUACUGGUAUCAGCGAGUGGAGAUGGCAGUAUCAAGGUUUGGGAUUUAUCAGCUCCUCCUAUGGCUAACCCGGUUAGCAACCGCCAAGAGCAUGCACACGAAGUGGCGUCGGUGGACUGGAACAUGGUCAGGAAAGACUCCUUUUUGAGUAGUUCCUGGGACGACACAAUUCGGUUGUGGACCCUAGAUUCACCUCAUUCACUAAGGACCUUCGCCGAGCACUCUUACUGUGUCUAUAACGCAUGCUGGAACCCUAGGCACGCAGACAUAUUUGCCUCUGCCUCUGGGGAUUGCACGCUCCGCAUAUGGGAUGUGCGUCAACCAAGAUCAACCUAUGUGAUUCCAGGCCAUGAAAUGGAGAUCCUCACAUGCGACUGGAACAAGUACAACGAGUUCAUGCUCGCAUCAGGCUCAGUGGACAAGUCUAUAAAGAUAUGGGACGUCCGCAGCCCGCGCCAGGAACUGACACGGAUGCUGGGCCACACGUAUGCUGUUCGGCGGGUGAAGUUCUCGCCUCACAAGGAGAGCCUCAUGGUGUCGUGCUCCUACGACAUGACAGUGUGUUUGUGGGACUUCCGGCAGCCUGAGGAUGCUCUGCUCGCGCGUCUCAACCAUCACACGGAGUUUGCUGUAGGUGUUGACAUGAGCGUCCUGGUGGAGGGAUUGUUAGCAAGCACCUCCUGGGACGAGUCUGUCUACGUCUGGCAGAUGGGUAUGGAUCCUCGUGCUGCUUAGACCUUCCAAUCAUACAUAGAUCAUACAUUUAGUUAUUCUUUUGUACUUUUUUCCCUCCUCCUGCCAACUAUUCAUCAAUUGCAUUUAAUUCGGCGCCCUAUAUUUCCUUUU